AUGUCCCUUCUCAAGCUAAUAUACGUAAUAGUGAUGCCUCUGGGAAUAACGCUCCUUUUGUCCUGCCUGCUGAAAAUAAGAUUCCUCGUACGGUUCAGUUACUCAUUCUGUCGCAAAAGAAUUGGGGACAGCCCGAUCAGAAUUGUCUCCCUAAUUUUACUCCUAAACUUUAUGCUUUUCAUGACAGAAUCGUAUAAAUUGAAAUAUGGCCUGAACAAAAUGUAUAAUCCGAAGGAGGCCAUACCGGGGCUGUCAGAUGAGUACUACAAAAUAUACAAAUGGAGACAUGAGCGGAACUGGUGGAUUGGCCUUUCAAAUUUGUGCAUAUGGUUAAUGUUGUGGAGGUCUACGGGGAUAAUUAAUAACUACGUUAAGUACUUGGAGAACAGGAAAACGCAGAUGAGUCUUCUUUGA